AUGUGGGCAGCUUCUAUUCCCGUCAUCUUCGUCAUCAGAUACCUUGACCGCCGUCAAAAGCGCAUCGAUCAAAAGUCGGCAGUCACAAUUGAGCCCGGGAACGACGGCGCUUCGGAUAUCGAGAGCAAGUAUGCUUCGAAUGAGGAUCUGCCGAAGAGGGAGGUUAUUGCUGUUCUAGCUGAUCAGGCCAUUUCGGAGCAGUUAUCGCGGGUCUAG